UUAUAAAAAAUACGAAGAUGUGUGUUGAUUUUGUACGAUAAACUUUUAAAAAUUAAUUACCCAAGAUCAUACAUAGUUAAGUAAACUCCAUUAUUAGUAAAUGGAAGUUAUUAAAAAGCAUAAGAAUGAAUGAUACAGCAGAUCAAUGCGAAUAUAAAAAAGAUCAAAGCGAUAUUUUGAAAGAAUUAUGUGUCUGGAUCGAAAGUAUUCCUUUUUCAAAACCUAAGAAGAAUAUAUCUCCUCUGUCGCUAUAUAGAGAUUUUUCAGAUGGUGUCUUGUUAGCUGAAAUUCUCAAGUAUUAUUAUCCCCGUUACGUUGAUCUUCAUAAUUACAUACCGGCAAAUAAUUUUUUCUUGAAGAAAGACAAUUGGAACACAUUAAAUCGUAAAGUAUUAACGAAGAUUGACAUGAAAUUGAGCAAAGAUAUUAUAAGUCUACUCGCUAAUUGUCACCAAGGAUCAAUAGAGAAGCUCCUUUUUGAGAUUAAAAAUAAAGUCGAAAGAAUCAAUCAUCAGGAUGUUUUGUUGUUAAGUGAAAUGCGAAAUGAAGAGCUAGGUAACAAUGAUAACGUCAAAUCAUUGGAAAAUCUGAAUGAAAUCAUUGAAAAUAAGGAUUCUAUUGAAAUAUUGGCAUCUAAGAAUAUGAGUAUUAAAGAAUUUUCUGUUUCUCGUCAGUUAAAGAUAAGUUGUAUAAAAGGAGCGAUAAUGUACGCUGCAAAGUGGUUCUUCAGUUGGUUCUGCUUUUGGAAUUUCUUCUUAACUUACAGACAAAGGAAUAAUAUAAUAGAAGAAAUAAAAAUCGAAGUAGAUCAGGAAGAUGAAGACGUACCGCAUCAAAUUUGUAUUCAAUUGAAGCAAGAAUUACGUGAGAAAGAUAAUCUAAUAUGCACUUUGAAUCAUAAGAUCGCUUAUUUGGAAGGUGCAAUGAAGUUGAAAGAUUUACGCAUAUCUGGUUUAACAUCGCAAAUAGUACAAAAUGCUGUGGAAAUGGAUAACUUUGGUAAAUGUCAAGGAAAUGAACAUCAAUCGAAAACACGCGUUCGUUUCUUUUCUAAUAAUAACAAACGUAAUGAAAAUGAAAUCAAUAUAAUAAAUACACGUGAUUUCACUUAA